AUCAAGGUCCUACAAGAUAGGCUUUUGAAUCUUACACUUUGCAUUUUCCCUACUGCCAUUUCCCGGAAACUACGAAUUCUUUAUCUGCAUACGUAUAUUAUUAUUAUUAAUCGCAUUCCGAUUAUUACCAACCGGAUGGUCAUCAUAUGAAUGAAUUUUCGUCAUUCUAUCCCCUUUAUUAUCCAAUGUGAAUCUCGGAUACACGAAUAUUUGAUCCGCUUUUCGCCUUGGAAACGUGCAUAAUAGCCAAGUUACCGAUGUUUUAGUUAUAGCGGAAGGUUUUAUGGAGAAAUCAAAAACGUGCACGCGGUAUAGAGGAAAUAGUUGGAGCAAUGAUUUAGGGAAAAAUGGUUCAUUUUUACGCCUGGUCUUGAUGUUGGAUCGAAUUUGAAUUAUUUGAAUGAUAAUUUGUAGCAAGAUCGUGCCGCAGCCGGAUUGGCGCCGAUUAAUUUUUUACCCCUUCGGCGAUCUACGUAUAGUCGGUAUAGGGUAAACUUUGUUAUAUUGAUUUGCCCGAGAUCUGCCGAAUACAUACGCCUUCCUGGAACGACGCAAACUCGGGUUUUGCAUAGAUAUAGAACCUGAUUCCUGGUAAUUUUGAGCUCUGCGGUCAGCGUUACUGCAGUAGCAAUGUCAGAAGAGGAUGACCUCGAGUAUUACAUUAAAUUUCCAACGCCUUAUCCACCGACCCCGAAGGACUCAUCGUCCGGGAAUUCCCCCGCUGCUGCCGUCGAACCCCAUGAGGAAUUUGUCUUCGUUUAUGACGAAGAUAAAUUGCCGGUUGUCAUACUGUUAGGGUGGGCCGGCUGCCAGGACAAAUAUCUUGCCAAAUACAGCGCUAUAUACGAAGAAAAAAGCUGUAUAACGCUCAGGUACACUGCCCCGGUAGAAUGUUUGUUCUGGAAACGUCACAGGAUGAGGGAUAUAGGAAGGAGACUUGUUCAAGUGGUCUAUGAUAUGAAUUUGAAUGAACAUCCGAUAUUUUUUCACGUCUUCAGCAAUGGAGGAGCCUUUCUAUAUCAACAUGUUAGUUUAGCUAUGCAGCAGCUAGAAACGCAAUUGAAGGUGAAAGGUGUAAUAUUCGACAGCGCACCGGGUGAACGAAGAAUAACUUCCUUGUUUCGAGCCAUUAGUGCGAUCCUUGGUGGACAUCCCAUCACCAAUGUACCGAUGUCCUUCGCCAUCACGCUCUUCCUUUCAAUUCUGUGGCUUUAUGAGAUUGUAUCAAAAUCCUGGAAGGACAGUUGUGCACUUCCGACAAACCCUAUAGCACUUGCCGAAGAAAUUCAUUCAUGGCCUCAACUAUUUCUUUACUCCAACACCGAUGAUCUCAUACCAGCCAAGGAUGUGGAAAUAUUCGCCAGCCGCCGAGCAGAGAGAGGAGUACGAGUACAAAUGGUCAGAUUUACAGACUCGCCUCAUGUGAAACACUACGCCAUGUAUCGUGAGGUUUAUGUAAAUACGGUGUGCAGCUUUAUUCACGACUGUUUGCUAUCCGGUGAUGAAGAUAUCAAGCCAGCUGACAAUCAUGGAGAGCCUUUCAAACGACCUGGACUAACAAAAAGAGUUGUCCUUCCAAGCGAGGCUUCUAAGCCGUUGAUCUAAAGUAAAGUAUAGCCAGACAAAAAAACGUCAGGCACAAAGUAGAUCGAGAAGAAAUUAUUGAUUGUAUAUUACCGAUGUAUAAUCUUCAUCAGAGAAUGUAUCUGAUAAACUUGUGCACAACUUAAAACGCUUAGUUAGAUGGUAUCACAAAACCAGAAAUAAUCCUGUUUCGUGAAUAUUAUAGCUCCGAUCUCAAGACAGCUGUGUCUGCUUUAUUUUGAUUUGUGUGACAACUCUCAUUUUUUCUGAAAUUUUUAUUUUUUAAUCAGCUGCGUCUAAUGAAUGUAACUAAAUCUGAAAAUGAUCAACUCGUAAUGAUGCUGCGGGACAGAUCUGUAAUUUCUAAACGUAAUAUGAAUUGUUAUCGAAGGACAUAUUUCUGAAUGAACAGUUUUUAGAGCUGUCCAAAUGAGACCGUUUCCCUCAUGGUGAGGUGUAUCGAAAAUUAUGUUAAAACUGUUCGAUGCUAAUAAUGAAAAGACGAAAAAAAGGCUAUGGAAAACUCACAAAGUUAGAUAGCAUGUAAGCGAAAUAUUACGUAAACACAAUAUUAUAAACAUUCUUCAGAAAAAUAUAUGAUUGUCUGCCACGCAUGUCAGAAUUCUCGAUGCAAGUGGAUGAAAACGUGACGCGCUCUGAAUGAAAAUAAUGUGACAGAAUUAGCAAUUAUUUUAUUAAUUGAGGUUGUAGGUAGCAAAUUGUUCGGCUCUGUCAGUCCUGUGACCUCUGCUAAGCACAGCCACUGUGAAUCUACUUCCGACAAAUACUCUUAACGUAUGCAAUUUUAAGGAUGUUCUGUGCUUUUGAAAUUUGAAAAACUUGACUCGAUAGAAAUAAAUUUGGAACUAUAGGUGUAGCAUGUGUUACUGUGUAAAGCGAUGCUUUUACAUCGAGGUCAUCAGGCAAAGUAAUGUAACUAAAUUUACAAGAAUAUAAUCAAGCGGGUCUUGAUUUUCUUUGCCGUAGAUAGUCAAUCAACGUCCAAAUUGUCGUAUUUUUUUUUUUCGCUUCGAUGAUUCCAUUUGUGAGAAGCCGAGGCCAUGUAUGAACGACUUUUUCUUUAAUAUUAUAAAUGGUCAAAUGAGUUGUAUUUAUUUCUUCUUAAAUAAAUUGUUAACGACUGCAUGAGUA